AUGUGGCAAGACAUCGAGACGCUGUUGAUGACUGAGGGGAGCCCUGUGGCGGGGCCCCUGGGGGCUGCCCCGCCCCUGGGGGCCGCCCCGCCCCUGGGGGCCGCCCCGCCCCACGCCACCUACCACUACACCCACACCUUCGCCCCCGCCACGCCGCCCACGCCCCACCUCAUCACCUCCCCGCCCCCACCACGACUACAUGAGGAUAAACCUAAGGUGCAGCCUAAAGGUUCCCCAGGGGGGGCGGUCCCCACGCCCAUACCCCAGCCCGCGGCCGCCCACAGCAGCCCGCCCACGCCGCAGCCGCAGCCGCUGCAGUCGCCCACAAUGCAGACAGUGGUGGCGGCUUCUCCAACACAGCCGCCUGCGCCGCCACCUCCCCCAGCCGCUGCGCCGCCACAGACGGAACACAUAUCACAAGAACCCCUCCCCACCAGCCCCCCCCUGCCCUCCCCCGUGGGCGGGGGGGUGGCGUGCCCCCCAGCCACGCCCCCCGCACCUCUCCCCCCGGUGCAGCUCUCCUCCUACCACCAGUACCUCGACCCCAAGUACCAGUGUGUGGACCAGAAGUACCAGGACCCGAAGUACCAGUGUCUGGACCUCAAGUUUGUGUCAAGUGAGGCCAAGUAUCCGGUGCCAGACGUGAAGUACACAGCCACCACCACACAUGACACCAAGUACACCCUGCCUGACACGGAUCUCUUCGUCUCGGAUCCCAAGUACACAACCUUGGAUCCCAAAUUCCAGUGUUCGGAUCCCAAGUACGCCACGUACACUAAUGUCCCCAUCAAGCCGGAAGGAAGGUUCGAACCCCAAGCGGAUAUGAGCGGCGGCGUCGUCAACUGGACGGUAGACGGGUCUGUGUACUCGUGUAAAGACUGCCCGGUGGCGUCGACACCCUCCCAGUACACCCCCACCUCCUACGUGCCCGACUACACCACCUCCUACUACACCCCGACCUACUCCAUGUACACCUCGAGCACUGCCCCAUCAUGGGGCGUCCCCAGUAACCAGAUGACAGUCAGCAGUUACCAGUACUCGGCCCCCAUGGCGCCCCUCUCCACCCCCCUCUCACAACCCCCUCCUCCCCCUCCCAAGCCGCGCAGGCGCAGAGCCAAGCGGAAAGUCACCAUACACAGUUGCCCUUACGAAGGAUGCACCAAAACUUACAUUAAAUCCUCGCAUCUGAAGGCGCACCUGAGGACUCACACCGGAGAGAAGCCCUACCUGUGCUCCUGGAAGGGCUGCGGCUGGAAGUUCGCGCGCUCCGACGAGCUCACGAGACACUACAGAAAGCACACAGGUGACAGACCCUUCCAGUGUCGCCUGUGUGAGAGAGCCUUCUCCCGCUCAGACCACCUCAGUCUCCACAUGAAGAGGCAUAUAGCGAUCUGAGGCUCCUCCAGUCACAUUUGUCGCCCCAUGAAGAGGCAUAUAGCGAUCUGAGGCUCCGACAGUCACCCUUGUCGCCCCAUGAAGAGGCAUAUAGCGAUCUGAGGCUCCUAACGUCACCUUUGUCACCCCAUGAAGAGGCAUAUAGCGAUCCGAGGCUCCACCAGUUGCCUUAGUCUCCUCGCGGAGAGUAACAGUGGCUCUAAAUCUUCCAGAAUCACCCCAAGAGAAGGCACAGACCACGAGUCAUAGAAUUCUUUGCUUAAAGUGUCCAAGUCAUGUCUUUAGGUUCUAGUUAUUUAAGACUUAAGAAGUGGAAGUUGCUAGCCAGUGGUGACCUGAGGUGCUGGAGGUGGUGGCUGGUUAUAAUGGCUUUGGAGUGAGUGAGUCUAGUGACAUUGUCAGGAAGAAGCGUGUUAAGGAAGUCAGCGUUGGCUCUCGUGUCGUCGAAAGAAAGAGGUGCAACAUAUGGACAAGAAAAACAGUGUUCUAAUCUCGCCACAACGUCGGCCGGGGUUAACCUAUUGCAGGAAAACAGCGUUCAAAAUGCUAAACCAUUGUUCGGUACUGUAACAAGUGGUAAACAAAGGCUCCGGAAGUCAUGAUAGACGUUCAAACCCCAACAAUCUCUAGAGUCGUAAAACAUCCUGGGAAUCACAAUCGAAAUGUUUCUGUACCUUUAAUAUUAUUAUUUUUUGAUACCCACAACCAUGCUUUAUCAUAAUCUUUCCCCCAGUAUGUACAAAGCUCCCCAUUACUAAUGCCCUCCUGCCUACCUCUUUAUCACCCCAUCCCGUGACCCUCUCACCCCCCCCCCAUUCUCCUGGUUGUUCCUUCCCCAUGCAACCUGCUCUCGCACAAGACAGCACAUAUAUGACUUAUUAGAUUGAUUGAUUGAUGAAGA